CAGACCUGGGACUCAGAGACCCAUGACUUGGCAGAGGGACAGGAAUCUUAAAGCAACCGUAGCAGAUAUCAACUCCCUGAAAGAUCAGAAAGGAGGGGCUCACAGUCUCCACUACAACCUCACAGUGAGGUCCCAAGGUGGAUCAGUGCAAUCAAGGUACUUCGCUGAGGGUUAUUGGGACCAUCAGCUCUUCCUUCACUAUGAUAGUGACAAUCAAGGAAGUGCAGAGCCCCGGGGGCCAUGGGCAGAAAAACCUCUGGGAACUGAGAACUGGAACACAGAGAUGCAGGACUUGGCAGAGCACAUCAAGAAGUUAAAAAUGACCCUGGCAGAUAUCAAUGCCUGGCAGGAGCAGAAAGGAGGGUCUCAUUCCCUCCAGGAAACUCGGGGCUGCAAGAUUCAAGAGGACAACAGCACCAGGGCAUUCUGGAAUUUCCACUAUGAUGGGGAGCCCUUCCUCUCAUAUGAUCCAGAGACUCGCAGCUGGACGGUGCAGCCAUCCUCGGCUCGGAACUUGGCUAUGGAAGUCAAGAAUUCCUGGGAUGCAGAUGGCAUGCAAAGCAAGGAUUACUGGGCCCACGUGCAUGGAGAGCUUUGUGGAAAACUUAGAUAUCUAGUCUCCCGGAAGGGCUCCUCCCACUCCUCUGGAGCCUCUGCCCAGGGGACCUUGUUGUCCCCAGCAGUGAAUGUGACCUGUGUUGAAGCCUCAGAGGACACCAUCAACCUGACAUGUUGGGCUUCCGGCUUCUAUCCCCAGAGUAUAUCUCUUAUCUGGCUUCAGGAUGGGGAACCCCUGAGCCAGGACGCCCAGCAGUCUGAGGGUGUUUUUCUCUAUGAAUAUGGGUCCUACCAGACCUGGGUGUCCACCAGGAUUCCCCAAGGACAGGAGCAGAGGUUCAGCUGCCAUGUGGGACACAGCGGGAAAAACAGCACUGUCCCUGUGUCCUGUGGGACUGCACUGCUGUUCUCAAUCCUAUGGAGCAUCUUUGGGUGUGUUGCUGCUGGUGCUGUUCUUCUUGCUGUGAUUCUUGCUUGUGUCUAUUGCUACAAGAAGAGGAGGACAACAUCUGCUGUGGAGCGUUCAGAGUGCCUGAGCCUACAAGUCCGGGAUCAGCAGCAGAGGGCACCAUGUGACCACACUGGACUCAGACAGUUGGGGUGUCAGUCUUUGCUGAGAGCUCCUGAUCCUUCUCAGGGAGCUUAGACCAUGCAGCCCUGCUCUGACUAGCACUUUAUUGAGACUUGGUUACCUCAUCUCUACAAUGUGGAAACACAUGUUUAGUAACUUGGGGUUGGGGUUUAUGUGAGGUGCUUACAGCUGUGCUCUACUAUGUGUCCUCAUUAUUUUACUAUAUUUUAACAUUAUAUAUAAAAUGAUGGUAAAUGAGA